UUUCGCGGUAAGCGAACCUGCAUGUGGGUUCGUUGGUCGGACGCGUACUCCGUACCUCUACCUACUUUAGGUACCUAGGUAGGUCACCGGUAGGUAUUCCGGUAUCAUGUAUCUAUCGGUGGGAAAAAGCACACCUUCGCCAAGAUCGGGUGUCGGAACGUUGGCAACCUGCAGCUGAAUCGCAACAUGCCCCCAUCAACGGAAAGAAUGGGAACAGCGCGCAAACCUCCCGCAAUCCGAAAGAGCACACUCACUCACACACAUGUGAGAAACUAUGGCAUUCUGAUCGGCAGGAUGGGGCCAAGAACGACUGUUCGGAAGCGAGAGGCGCGAGAUCAACGGCGUGAGGGACGAAUAAAACAACAAGCACCGCACGCCACGAUAGCUUCGCUCAACGAUUAUUCGUCCAGUUUCCUCUGAGGCUUUAUCGAUCAUCGACAACACAGAGUAGAAAUCACACGCCAACAAUGGCUCACGAUAGCAGCUCCACCACAAAUGGAACCAAUGGCCAUGCCAAUGGAAAUGCCAAUGGAAAUGGCACCACCAACUCGCCUGCUACCAAGACAGCCCUCAAGGUCGUCUUUGGCGCCAUGACUUUUGGUCGACAAGGUGCCGAACAAGCCCGCAUCCACGAUCUCAAGGACUGCGCCGCCGUGCUCGAUGUGCUUCAAGCCCACGGCCACAACGAGAUCGACACUGCACGCAUCUACGCAGGAGGCUCCUCAGAGGAGUAUCUCGGCCAAUUGGACCUGAAGAAGCGCGGUAUCCUCAUCGACACCAAGCUCAGCCCGCGCAAAUUCGGCCCCAAGGCCUACUCCCACAAGCCUGAGGGACUAAAGUUGGGCUUGGAGGAGAGUCUCGUAGCAUUGAAAACCGACAAGCUGGAUUGUUGGUACUUGCACGCACCUGAUCCCAACACUCCCUACGCCGUGACCCUCAAGGCCGUCAACGACCUCUACCAGGCCGGCCACUUCACCCGCUUCGGCAUCUCAAACUACACCGCCUGGGAAGUCGCCCAGAUCAGCGAACUCUGCAUCGCAAACGGCUGGAAGCGGCCCGACGUCUACCAAGGCUGCUACCACGCCCUGCAGCGCAGCGUCGAGCCCGAGCUCCUGCCCUGCCUCCGCCACUACGGCAUAGCCUUCUACUGCUUCUCCCCCCUGGCCGGCGGCAUGCUCACCGAUAAGUACCAGCGCGACACCACAGAGGUCGAGCCCGGCAGCCGCUUCGAUCCGAACCGCAUGCAGGGCAAGAACUUCAGGGGCCGCUACUGGAACGAGGCCUACUUCUCCGCCCUCGAUGUCAUCCGGCCCGUGGCCAAGAAGUUGGGCCUGAGCACCGCCGAGGCCGCGUCGAGGUGGGUCAUGCAUCACAGUGCUUUGAGGAAGGAGCAUGGGGAUGCUGUCAUCAUUGGCGCCAGCAGCGCCGCCCAGCUCGAGGAGAAUCUGGUGAAUCUCGAGAAAGGGCCGCUGCCGGCGGAGCUGGUGGAGGCGUUUGAGGAGGCGUGGAGGCAGGUCAAAGGGGUUGCGGGGCCGUAUUAUUGAGAUCUGGCAAGGGUCUCUGCCAUCUGAGAAGGGCUCCGGUGGGUUGCUGGGGACGCAGGGUGGGAGAUGCCAGUAUUGUUGUUCUUGGUAUCAUUGAUGUAACGAAAUGAGCCUCUUUCAUCUGGAAUGCAAGCUCUCCCCUCUCGAGGUGUUUCUUUUGUUGCACUGUUACUUUUUUGUUGCGCUGUUACUUGAGAAUGUGAACAAUGUAGAGCUGUUGCGGGAGUUUAAGCGUGUCAGAAACAAACACGCAUUAACUGAUCGGAACGCUACCUAUUUUGAGAGCAUUUCCAUGCGACUUCAUUUACUAGAGAGA